UACCCGUAUAAGUAAUUAAACCCUGACGAAACUUCAAGACCCGACCAACGAUUCAACUCUACGCCGCACUUUUGCCUGAGCCAGAGUAAGGUUUUUUCUUUUUUGUUAUUGAAUGGCAAUAAUCUCCGAGUUCCAAGAAGACGAGGUUAAAAAGCCCUCGCCUUCUUCGUCGCCGGCUUCUAAAUCGCUGCUGUUUAGCGCCACUUUGGAUCCGUCGAACCCUGUUUUGUUUUUGGAGAAAGUUUUCGAUUUCAUUGGGAAAGAUGAUUUUCUAGUGAAAGAGAACGCCGAUAAGGAGAUCGCGGCCAUCGUGAGAGCGGCCAAGGAGAAGAGCAAGAAGAAGGCUGAAGAGGUGGCUCGGAAGGUGGAGACCAAGAAUAGGGAAGUGAAGGAAGAGAAGGAGAUAAAGAAAGAAGUUAAGAAGGAAGCAAUGGAGGUCAAUAAAAAGGAAGAGACUAGCUCUUGUUCGAGAGUUCCAAACAAGGGCAAUGGUCUUGAUCUGGAGAAUUACUCUUGGACACAGUCCUUGCAUGAGGUUACUGUUAACGUUCCAGUUCCAAGUGGAACAAGAUCAAAGUUGGUUGCGUGUGAGAUAAAGAAAAACCAUCUAAAAGUGGGACUCAAGGGCCAGCCUCCUAUUAUUGAUGGGGAGCUUUUCCAAGCUGUCAAACCUGAUGAUUGUUACUGGAGCAUCGAGGAUAACCGAUCAAUCUCAAUCCUUUUGACUAAGCACAACCAAAUGGAGUGGUGGAAAUCAUUGGUAAAAGGAGACCCUGAAAUUGACACUCAGAAAGUUGAACCAGAGAACAGCAAACUAUCCGACUUGGAUCCAGAAACACGACAAACUGUAGAGAAGAUGAUGUUUGACCAAAGACAGAAGGCCAUGGGCCUUCCAACCAGUGAUGAACUUCAGAAACAAGAAAUCCUAAAGAAAUUCAUGUCUGAGCAUCCUGAGAUGGAUUUUUCAAAAGCAAAGCUGAUGUAAAUGGCAGUGAACCAUACAAAUCCUAUAUCUUUCUACUUUCACGGAUUGUACAAGUCUUCCUGCAUUUUUCCUAUGAACAUGUUUAAGGAAUGGUUUUGAGUUGGUAAGGAAUAUUUUUGCAAUAUCAACAUUUGUAAGACUCUUGUAUAUUAAUUUAAGCUUUUAUCUUCUUCAAUUCUUCAAA